AUGUCUUCUCCGCCCGCGUACACCCAGUCUGUGCCCGCAGCCGGCUUGCGAGUCCCCUGCUCGAGCUUCCAGGCGUUCCCGGACCACUCCCUUACCGGACCCGCCCCCUUUCGCGACUUGGACUGCAGUCCGGUGUUUGUUUGCAGCGUGCUGAUGGACGGGAAGUCGGUUCACCCGGCUAAAGUCACGCACGGAAAGGCGAUGUACAGCUACGGUGGAGCUGAGAGGCAUCACGAGGGCCGCUUCGACAUCUUGCCAAUCACUGAGGCGAUGGAAUGGGUCCCGACAGGCUACGGACAGAUCCCUUCCGGCCGUCGACCUGUUGAAGGUGGCUUUGAGGAGGGCGGACAGCAUCUCUUUCACGCCAUGAUGACGAUCGACGGCGUGCAGGUGCCCGGAAAGACGGGCGAGCACUUGCACGGCGCCAACUUCCCAUGGGGAGGCGGAGAGGUCGUCCACGAGGCCGGCUACAGCAUUCUCUGCUGGAGGUGA